AUGGAAGACUCGACGCGAGGAGGUCGUGAAAGAGGACAGGGGAGGGAAGACAUGCAGAGGUCGGAAUGGGAUCAGAGCAACGAUGAGUCCAGUAGUGUAACCAAGAGGGGAAAACAGACAAGGAAUGUGGACGACCUGCUGACAGAGGUUGUCAAACCCUUCGGUUGGUGGCAAUUUAUUGUCACCAUGUUGGCUGUCUGGUGCGACAUUCCUGCUGCCAUUUUUCCUGUCUACGGCAAUUCAGUGCCCAAAUUCCGCUGCGCUGCCGAUCCGUCUGUUGAGGCUCUGCUUUUGAGGAACUCCAGCUCUCUCAACGUUCCAACUUACGUUUUUUCACCGAAAGGCCCUGCCACAAUGAUUGGCAAUCAGUACAUCCACGAUUUUGACACAAUAGCCGCAUCGAUUGGGCCCUGGCCGCGGAACAAGAACGCAUCCGGUUUGGAUGAUACAGAUGAAGAGUUGUACGGUUGCUAUCGAUACAAGCGGGACUGGGGCAAGAUAUCCAACGUCAGUCAGCUGAUUGGUAUGUCAUCCCUUCCGCCCACAACGGAGUUGGAGACCUGCCAGGCGGGCUACGUGUAUGAAGUCGAUGAAUUUCAGUAUCCUUCCGGUAUAGUUAUUGAGUGGGACUUAGUCUGUGAAAAAGAGUGGCUUGCACCUCUAAGCACCUCAGUCUACAUGCUGGGCAUGGUGCCUGGUUUCUGGAUUGGUGGCUGGUGCGCGGAUGCCCUUGGUAGACGACCAACUGCCUUGGGCUUUCUGAUUGCACAGAUACUUUCUGGUCUUUUGUGCACCCUCGCACCUCAUUUUGCCGUUUACGCAACUUUUCGAUUUUUCCUCGGCAUGACGACGGUUGCGCGAUCGAAUGUCCUACUCAUCCUGCCUGUGGAACUGACUCUGGCGCGUUAUCGAUUCAUCGUGACCUCAUCAACCUGCAUUGUCCAGAGUUUCAUUAAUCGUGCAAUGACAGCUCUGGCUGCUUACUUUAUACCUUACUGGCGAUGGUUACAUCUGGCAACUUUAGCUCCUCUGUUAAUCGGCCUCCUUCAAGUAUGCUAUCUGCCCGAGUCUCCGCGUUGGCUGCUUGGCCAGGAGAAGUCCAAGGAGGCUGCUCUUGUUCUGUAUAAGGGUUACCUCCUGAACCGCCGAGGUCUGAAAUGUUGGCGAAAACCUCAGGGCAGGGUUCUCACAUUGGAAGAGUUUGAGCAGUUUUUUGAGGAUCCAUGCCAUACGGCCGAAAAACAGUCCACUGACAGCUCAUACGACCUGGAUGACUCUUCUGAUGCUAGUCAGCGUCGUAAAUCAACUAAUGACUUCCGUUCCUUCUUCAGUCUGAGAACGGUCUGGAAUGGGUUGCGUAAACCAUACUCAUCUAUGCGCUUGGCCCGAAUCAGUCUGAUCGCCACCUUCCUAUUCGCUGCUCAGACAGCCUGCCUUUAUGGGGUCCUUCUUUAUGCUCGCAUAAUCCGCAGUUAUGUAUACCUGGUGGCGCUUAUAAACAACUUGACGGGCAUUCCUGGCGCCAUCCUCUCCUCCAUUCUCUACGCCCGCAUUCGGCAUCGUAAGCGCCCGCUAAUGACCGUCUACGCGUGCGCCUUUCUGGCCCUCGCGAUUGGCGGCAUCUAUGCUUGGUUGUUCCCCCUCAGUAAUGAUGUUGUCCUCACCGUCUGCUCCAAUCUCGGUCUGAUACUUUCCACUGCCAUCACCAACAUGCUGCUCACCUAUAUUCCCGAACUUUAUCCGUCUUGCAUCCGGUCUCAGGGCUUGGGCAAUGCCGCCGGCUUGGGACGAAUCGGUGCGGCCUUCGGCACCUUCAUUAACCAACUGGACAUCGCCGUUGCCCAUGGGGUGCCUCUGGUGUUCUACGCAGGUCUCCUUCUGCUAGCUCUGAUUGCACUCAUCUUCCUGCCUGACACGACGGGUGAGAAUCUGCCGGACAAGAUGGAACCGAAGGAGUUGGGUGAUGAUGAGGCGACUGACUAA